AAAAAAAAAAAAAAGUGUAAAUGACACUGUGGUAAGUGCUACCACAGAUGGUCACAUUGUGUGCUCUAACAGCAAUAGACUAUCUUUAUCAGAAGCCCUCCAAAGGGUGGGCUUUCUUCAGACGAACAGAGUGGGGUUCUGAGGCAGGAAGACCUUGGAAGAGAAUACACUCAGAAAGGGCCCAGCAGGGGAGAACACUUGGGGUUUAGAUCAGCCUUCAGCCUAGUGGCUUAGCUCUCAGACCUCCAGGAGCCUGAACAGAUGUGGUGAAAAGGGACCUAGCACCACAUCCUCAGUUUGGAUCUCUCUGGUUUUUUUCUUGGUGCUUUCUCUUUAUAUGGUAGGUGGGCAGUCCCUGGAGUGAGGACUUGCCCCUACCUGGACUCUCCCUGGUGUUCUUUGAUUCCCUGAUCCUGCUCUGCUGGCUCAGUUCCCUGGGUGACUUUGGAUUACCCGGCCCUGGCCCAUCUUUGUGCUGUGUGCUGUGGUUUGUUGGAGGAUCCACUCUGCUCCUUCGCUAUGGCGCAGCCCAGGUUUUGGGUCACUCUGGCUCUUCUCUGCUCAGAUCCUAGGCCCAGGAGCACAGGAGUUUGCUGUUGACCGCCACUGCCCAUGUCACGCCCCUCCCAUGCUUAUCCCGUCCCUCCUCCAGCCGUCCUUUCCAUCCCACCGGUCAGCCCCGCCUCUACCUCUAUUAGCUCCGCCCCUCGGCGCAGCCCCGCCCCCUACUGCCUGGGCCCGCCCACCUCGCUCGGUUGUCUGGGAGAGGGACUUGUAGGACUCACGCAGCUGGCUGGUCGGAUUCCCGUGGGUGCCCGCGGAACGGACAUCAUCACCAGGGGGAGCCUCACAAGAAUCCUGUUGUGCCUAGCCGUUCCCACGAAGGUGGCAAAGGCACCAGCAUGUCGAGUGAGCCCGGAACAGCAGCCAAGACCCCGCGUCCUGGGACCCAGAAGUCGUCCGGCGCAACGACCAAGAAAGGGGAGCGAACAGCCAAGGAGAAGGUGGCGGUUGUCCAGCCGCAGACGGGCGAGGAAGAGCACAAAAACCCGGAGGAAUACCAGUGCACCGGAGUGCUGGAGGCUGACUUCGCUGAGCUCUGUGCCCGUUCGGGCUAUACUGACUUCCCCAAGGUCGUCACCAGGCCGCGCCCGCAGCGGAUCUCUGAUUCCUUGGCCUCCACGUCAGAAAAACCCAACCUCGAUGACCAGCGGCUUUCAGCAUCCUGCAGCCUCAACAGCCUGGAGAGCAAGUAUGUGUUCUUCCGGCCCACUAUCCAAGUGGAGCUGGAGCAGGACGACGGCAAGGCGGUGAAGGAGAUCUACAUCCGUGGCUGGAAGGUGGAGGACCGGAUUCUGGGGAUCUUCUCAAAUUGCCUGCCCUCCCUCAGCCAGCUUCAGGCCAUCAACUUGUGGAAAGUAGGGCUGACGGAUGAUACCCUAAGCACCUUCAUCAGUCUCCUGCCUCUCUGCUCACCAACUCUCAGGAAGGUGUCUCUGGAGGGGAACCCACUGCCAAAACAGUCCUAUCACAAGCUCAUGGCCAUGGACAGCACGAUCGCUCAUUUGUCUCUUCGGAACAACAACAUCAACGACCAUGGCGCACAGCUUCUGGGCCAGGCUUUGUCCACAUUACAUGGCAGCAACCGGACUCUGGUGUCCCUGAACCUGGCCUUCAACGACAUUGGGGACAAGGGCGCGGGCCACCUGGCGGACGGCCUUCGGCUGAAUCGCUCCCUGCUCUGGUUGUCCCUGGCGCACAACCGCAUCCAGGACAAGGGUGCCCUGAAGCUGGCUGAGGUCCUGCGUCCCUUCGAGCUGACACACCCUGAGGUGGUGGAACGCCGGCGCCUCCUACUGGAGAAGGCGGCACAGGACAGGUCCCGAUCGCCAACCUCCUCUCGACAAGCGGAUACCAAAACGGAACGGGAGAAGCCUCAGAUUGGGGGGAUCAGCAGUGUGGCACUGGUGGAAAAGAUGCAGUCAAUGAAAACCCUGAAGGGUCUGGCCAAGAAAAAGGAGAAGCUAGGGGAAGUGGUUAAAAAGGAGAAGUCACCCACACAAGGAACCGCUAAGAAAGAAGACACCACAAAGCCAGGCAAGGGGAAGGUAACCAUCCCUGAGCAGAAACCAAGCAGGGGGAAAGGGACCAAAAUGGGGAGCAAAGAAAAGCGCAGCAUCCUCUUGGAAUCUGAGACGAACCUGCUCUGUGCUUUGAAGUCUGAUGGAGGUGCCGACCUCACACUUGCAGCUCUCCAACCUGUCAGCCACAGCCACAGGGGCCUGUCUGUGUCCUUGUAUUUUUGUCUUCUCUUCUGGCCCAGUCCCACUGACAUCUCCUAGGUAGGGAAGGGUCCCAGUCACUUGUAGAAGUGUCUCCUGUCCCCUUAGACAAAACUCUUAAAACAGGAAGAUGGGCAGAGGAAAACCACUGUGGCCUCAGCCUGUCUUGAACACUAUUUUUCACUAGCUCUCUCUCACGUCCCUCCACUGUCAUCUUGCCUGUUGGCUAUCACUGCGCCAGUUAGCAAAUACUUGUUAUAAGGCAAAUUCUGUAUGCUGUUUCCUACCUGCAAAGCCUCUGCAUCCAGCACAUUCUUUGCCUGGACAGUUUCCCCUCGCCUUCCUUCACCCAAGAAUCUCAAUACCUUCACACUGCAACUCACAGGCACAUCUUUCAGCUGUUCCCACCCCUCGCUGGGGCUAGAAGUUUCCCUGCUGCACUCCAUUGCAUUCCCAGCUUACCUCUUCUGGGGUCAUGUCAUGAGUUCCUAUUUUACCCGGGCUCCCACACACUACAGAACUUCUGGAGGGCAUGGGCUUAUCUUUGUGCCCCAGCACCUAGGACAGAUCCUGGACCCUAUAGUCAGCACACAAAAACAUGUAUGUUGAAUGAAUGACUGGCCUGUUGACCAGCUCCCUUCUCCUCUGCUGCAAUCAGUAUUCUGCUUCAGCAGCUAGUUGCAGAAACUACAGAGAUGAUCAACCCUCUCCUGGAGCCAAUGGAGCACCGAGAUGGGAAGGUUUUCAUGCCUGGGAACAAGGUCCUUUUGUACCUCAACCUCGUCCGUAUGUUUGCCAGCCUACCCUUUGCAGCUCCUGUCAGAAGGAUACCCACCCCAAG